GAGAUGGUGCAACUACUGCUUGACAAGGGCGCCGACGUCAACGCGCAGGGUGGAAAGUACUGCCACGCAGAGGAUGGAGAUUUCUACACCGCACUGCAGGCAGCCUCAGCAGGAGGCCACGAGCAGGUAGUCAAGAUGUUGCUGGACAGGGGUGCUGAGGUUAACGCGCAGAGUGGAGAGUACGGCAACGCACUACCGGCAGCAUCAUACAGUGGCCGUGAGCAGAUAGUCAAGAUGCUACUCGAUGCAGGCGCUGAUAUCAACGCGCAGGGUGAAGAGUAUGGUAACGCGCUACAGGCAGCUUCAGCGGAAGGCCAUGAGCAGGUAGUUAAGAUACUGCUGAACGCGGGUGCUGAUGCCAACGUGGGCGCCGACGUUAACGCACUAUACCUAGCUUCAGCU